GAGGAGGUUUCCACACGGAGAGAAAACGAGUGAGCAAAAUUAUUAUUAUUAUUAUUAUUAUUUCCCUUUCCCCCUGGUCGUUGUCGUCUCGCUUGGUCUCCAUCGCCAGCGUCCCAUUUGUCCGAAAACCCUCAUGGCCGAAUCGGGAAUCCGCUCCCAAUCGAGCUGCGCCGCCCGCUGAUCCCCGCGCAGGGCAUUUGAUGCCGCUGGAACCCGAUCCCGAUAUCCUUGGAACUCUUGUAUCGAGAUGAGCGGGGACAGUGACGAGGAUGAAGGGCGGGCGGUGGCGUCGUCUACCAUUUCGCCGCCACUGGAUUGGAAGUUCUCGCAGGUAUUCGGGGAGCGCAUGGUCGGAGAGGAAGUCCAGGAAGUUGAUAUCAUCUCAGCAAUAGAAUUUGAUAAAUCUGGAGAUCAUCUUGCAACUGGAGAUAGAGGAGGUCGCGUUGUUUUAUUUGAGAGGACAGAUGCUAGAACUCAUGGCUCUCGGAAAGAUCUGGAGAGGCAAGAUUAUCAAUUUAGCAGGCAUGCUGAGUUUCGGUACAAAACGGAAUUUCAGAGCCAUGAACCAGAGUUUGACUAUCUUAAAAGUUUGGAAAUAGAGGAGAAGAUCAAUAAGGUUAGAUGGUGUCAAGCAGCUAAUGGUGCUCUAUUCCUUCUCUCAACUAAUGAUAAAACAAUAAAAUACUGGAAGGUACAAGAAAAGAAGGUGAAACAAGUUUCUGAGAUGAAUUUAGAUGCUUCCAUGAUUGUGGGAAAUGGUUGCAAUGGUACCUCAACCACAAGUGGUCCUAGAUUGGGUCUUUCUAAUGGAUGUGCUAGAAGCAAUUUUAACUAUUUGAGCAAUGAUUUGUCCUUCCCUCCAGGAGGAUUUCCAUCACUACGUUUACCAGUGGUAGUAACUAGCCAAGAGAAGAGCCUUGUUGCUAGAUGUGGAAGGAUAUACGCUCAUGCUCAUGAUUACCACAUAAACUCCAUUUCAAAUAACAGUGAUGGUGAGACAUUUAUAUCAGCGGAUGAUCUUCGAAUCAAUUUAUGGAAUUUGGAAAUUAGCACCCAGAGCUUUAAUAUUGUUGAUGUGAAACCAACAAAUAUGGAAGAUUUGACUGAGGUUAUAACUUCUGCUGAAUUUCAUCCGAUCCAGUGUAACAUGCUGGCGUAUAGUAGCUCAAAGGGAUCAAUUCGUCUUAUAGACUUGCGUCAAUCGGCCCUAUGUGAUAGUCAUUCUAAGUUGUUUGAGAAUCAUGAGGCACCUGCUUCAAGGUCUUUUUUCACUGAGAUUAUUGCCUCAAUUUCAGAUGUCAAAUUUGCCAAGGAUGGAAGACAUAUCUUAUCUCGGGAUUACAUGACUCUUAAGCUUUGGGAUAUAAAUAUGGAUUCAACUCCAGUUGCUACCUUUCAGGUUCAUGAGUACUUGAGGCCAAAGUUAUGUGAUUUGUAUGAGAAUGACUCAAUUUUUGACAAAUUUGAGUGUUGUCUUAGUGGAGAUGGGUUUCGUGUGGCAACUGGUUCUUACAGUAAUCUUUUUCGUGUAUUUGGCUGUGUUCCUGGAAGUGAUGAAGCUACAAUUUUGGAAGCCAGUAAAAAUCCAAUGAGGAAACAAGUGCAAAACCCUACAAGAACUUCCAGAUCUCUUGGUAGCUUCACACGUGGCAUGAGACGAGGAGCAGAAAACCCAAAUGUUGAUGCCAAUGGAAACACAUUUGACUCCACAACCAAAUCACUUCAUUUAGCUUGGCACCCAACGGAAAACUUGAUAGCUUGUGCUGCUGCAAACAGCUUGUACAUGUACUAUGCCUGAAGGUUUUAUUUAAAGUACCUUACAGCGGCACCUAUAUUUCGGGUUGCUACUUGUGAAAGCCUGGGGGGCCUUUCAGCUGCAACCAACAAGGGGCAGUGGAUUAAUCUCACACGAUAUUGACUUGGGAGCACCAAGAGACUAUGAAAUCCACAAGGCAACUAAAUUGUUGUUUACUUUGUCAGGCUCUAAGUAUGGGGAAUCUGUAUUCAUAUUCUUUUAUUUUGGGUAGAGAUUGCACAUCUAUCUACCUUGUUGAGCAUCAGAAUCCCUGUUAACUAUUAGCUCUCUUAUGACUAAUCUAGGGAUGGGUGUGGGUAGUUUUAGUCUCCAGAGUUGUUAUUCGCUUAACUCUACAAUUACACUGUAAAGGGCAUAGCUGAUCAGGGCAUGCAAUAGUUCCUUUUAUGAAUGUUCUUCACCUUCCAUUCUGACAAAUUGACAUUUUUUGAUCCAA